CAACCUAUCCACCGCCAGACGUGCAGCAUCCCAACUAAAGAGAGCACCGAAGGCUGAUAUAAUGUUGGGCAGAAAACAUUGAAUUGAUAACCUCCUGGAACAUUUGUCCAGUCCUCAACUCGACGUACGAUUUUCAGAUUUUUCAAAAUAUUCCCCUCGUGGUCCUCCCACAAAUCGGACAUUUUGUUGAGGGUCUUUAACAUAUUCUGCCCACCUGAUUUGUGCAUUGAAAAUCAAGGUAAAAAUUAAUGACCGCCUUUUACUAGGGUUCAUCACCACGGAGACAAAAAUGAGGGCGCUGCUGGUUAACAUGCAAGACUUUUGUAUCGGUUGUCAGACUACAGUGAAUAUUAAAACUCAUAAAGGUCACACCAAUGAGUCUACGGGUACAAACAAGCAGCUAGAUUGGGACACUUCCCCUAAACUCCAAGUGAUGACAUUCAGCAGAUCUGUGGUGAUGUACAGGAGUACACUACGGAUAUGUGAAUCUACAUGUUCUUGUUUCAUGGUUGUCAAAAAUCAUGCAAAUGUCUCCAAAGAUAUCAACGGGAUUUGGGCCAACAAUGACUGCCACAGUUAUGAACAUUUCAUUCACAAAGUAAUCUACAUGGGGAAAAUUCUUUGUGUUGUACUUCACAUUGAUGACUAAUAGAAUGAAUUUAUCGGGCAACUGAGACAGAUUGGGGCGGCGCAUCAGGAGAUGAAUGAUGAAGGUCAACAACUUUUGGAUGGAACAGUCACGGAUGGAUGAUGGGCAGCUGGCUUGAUUGGUAAUAGUAGAUGGCUGAAGGGAUGAUGAUUGAUGAGUGAUGCACAGAUCCAUAAUGGAUGGACGAUGGAUGGAUUAUCACAGAUGGCUGGAUGAUGGAUGACGGAUGGAGAAUGAUGAUGAUGAUGAUGAUAGAUGAAUGAUGACGGAUGGAGGGACCGUGAAAGAUGAUUAGGGUGGGAGGAUGGGACAUCUUUGGCUCAGUUGGUAGAGUGGGUUGUUCAGGAAUUUAAGGGUUCACCCUUUGAAUAUAUAUAUAUAUAUAUAUAUAUAUAUAUAUAUAUAUACGUAUGCUCUCCAUUUAACAUGAUUGAUCAAGCUUUAAUACCAGCAUCCAGGUAGUUUGGUUUACAAACUCUCCCUUCUUGAGCUAUCUCCUUCCAUCUGCUGCUGGAUUAAAGACUUUCUCACACACUGUCCACAGUCUGUCAGAUUUGCCCCACACCUCUCUUCUUCAAUCAACCUAACCCACUGCACACCAACCCAUUCCAGCAACUCUGUCAUCAAGUCAGCUGAUGACACCACCGUGAUCGGGCUCAUAUCAAUAAGGAGAUGAGUCUGCCUACAGAAAUGAGAUUGUAAAUCUGUCUAAGUGGUGUUCAGCAAACAAGCUCACACGAAACACCACGAAAAUGAAGGAAAUCAUCCUGGACUUAUACAGAAGUGCGGCCUGGACCCGGUCCCGCUCUUCAUCAAUGGGGACUGUGUGGAGAGGGUCCACUCCUUCAGAUUUCUACAUAACAGACAAACUCACCUGGACUGUAAAUACCACAGCGGUGGUGGAAAAGGCCCAGAAGUGACUCCACUUGCUGAGAAUGCUCAGGAAGAACAAUCGUGAAGCUAAGAUGUUGCCGGCUUUCUACAGAACCACCGUGGAGAGCAUCCUCACAUACUACAUCACAAUGGGCUAUGCUGGAUGUCCAACAGCGGACAGGAAAGCUCUGCAAAGAGGGUUCAAUGGCACCCAAAAGAUCACUGGCUGCUCUCUGCCCUCCCUAGAGGACAAGACCAACUCCCGCUACCACAUGAGAGCAACUAACUCUGUUUAGGACUCUUCCCAUCCUGGUCACCACCUGUUUAACCAGCUGCCCCCUGGCAGGCGUUACAGAUCCCACAAAACACAGACAAGCAGACUAAAAACAGCUUUCUCCCUCGAGCCAGCAACUCCUUGGACUUCAAACCAAUAAACACAAAAGUAUUGUAAUCUCAAAUUAUGCAACUGCACUUACUCUUUGCUUUUCUUGGUUUUAAUAAGCUUACCAAGGCCUGGACAGGGGGAAUCAGAAAAAAUACACUUUAUGCAUUCAUUUUUAAGUUCUUUGUAGCAAUACCUGUGCCUUGAUUGUAUUUUUUUUUUUUUUUUUUUGUAUCUGUUAUGUUACCUCACAUCUAAGAUGUUCUUCUGUUUUCUUCUAUUUUAUUCCCGCAAGUACCUUGUGGAGAAGCGCUUAUGUCGUUGCAUGCACAGUGGCAUCAUGACAUGAAACGUUUUGGAUUUUGAUUGAUUUGACUGAAGAUGAAGGAGGAUGAUGUUCCUACUUGCUGAAAGCUAAUGUGGCAGAGGGAAGGUGUUCAGGAACGUGCGGCACUGCAUUUACGUAGAAGUAGUGCGGAGCACAUCGCUGACAAGAUGUUUGGUGUUUUUCACUGGUGUCGCUGUUUAACAUUCAUGUUUUGAUGUGUCAAUGUCUCAAAACAUUGAAUUAUUCACAUUCUUCUGUGAUGUCAAUCACAAGUAUUUUUAAUAAUGACAACUUACAACGUCAAAGGUGAUGGUACAAGUAAAUAAUACAUGUGCUCACGUGAAGGUGGCAUUAGUGAGGGCGCUCGUCUUUUCUCGCUCAUCCAUGUUAAACAUGAUUGUGCUGCUAUAAAGAGGACACGUCAAAACAGCACCAAAGGGCAAACGGAGGAGCAGCCAUGGACAAAGUUAUUCUCUUGCUGUCACUUGUGACACUGGGCAGCGUCUCCUCUCAGCCAAUCACAGACAGCCAGCGAGUGUUCUCCAUCACUGUGAGCCGAGUGCAACAUCUCCACCUGCUGGCCCAGAGACUCUUUUCAGAUUUUGAGAGUUCUCUGCAGAACGAGGAUCAGCGUCAACUCAACAAGAUCUUCCUGCAAGAUUUCUGCAACUCAGAUUACAUCAUCAGUCCCCUCGACAAGCAUGAAACGCAACAAAGCUCGGUUCUGAAGCUGCUGUCUAUCUCCUAUCGAUUGGUGGAAUCGUGGGAAUUUCCAAGCCAUUCCCUCUCUGGGGGCUCUGCUCCCAGAAAUCAGGUUUCUUCAAAACUUUCCGAACUGAAGAUGGGAAUCCUCCUGCUCAUCAGGGCCAAUCAGGAUGGAGCUGAGAUGUUAGCCGAUAGCUCUGCCCUACAACUGGCCCCGUACGGGAACUAUUAUCAAAGUGUGGCGGACGACGAGUCCUUGAGACGAAUGUAUGAACUGCUGGCGUGCUUCAAGAAGGACAUGCACAAGGUGGAGACUUACCUGACGGUUGCCAAAUGUCGACUCUCACCAGAGGCCAACUGCACUUUGUAGACCGGCCCUCGCUCACACGGCAUGUCGUUGGCUCAUACUGUCAAUUACACAUGGAAGUCUUGUCACG